CCUCUCUUUCCCGCGCUUCCCUCCCGUCCUCUCCUCCCCCGCAACAAACACCCUGGUCUCUUCUCGAUCUCCGAUCCCUCCUCCGCCAUCAUUCUCUCUCUCUCUGUUCGUCGUGUCUCCUUUCGCAGGGCCGGGAGGAAGAGAGCUCGAUCGGAGGCAAGCACGCAGCAGCCAUGGCGAACUCGGCGUCCGGGCUGGCGGUGAGCGACGAGUGCAAGGUGAAGUUCCAGGAGCUGAAGGCGCGGCGGAGCUUCCGGUUCAUCGUGUUCAAGAUCGACGACAAGGACAUGGAGAUCAAGGUGGAGCGCCUCGGCGACCCCACCCAGGGCUACGGCGACUUCACCGACAGCCUCCCCGCCGACGAGUGCCGCUACGCCAUCUACGACCUCGACUUCACCACCGUCGAGAACUGCCAGAAGAGCAAGAUCUUCUUCUUCUCGUGGUCUCCUGACACUGCACGGACCCGCAGCAAGAUGCUGUACGCCAGCUCCAAGGACAGGUUCAGGAGGGAGCUGGACGGCAUCCAGUGCGAGAUCCAGGCCACCGACCCCAGCGAGAUGAGCCUCGACAUCGUCAGGAGCCGGACCAACUGAUCGCCGCCCAUCACCAAGCAACAAGACCAACAAACAAUGCUUCACAUUUGCACUAUUAUUUCGCUAUUUCAGACCCAUGAGGGAUUGAUCUGGAUUAUAUACCUUUUUUUCUACCCGUACCAUACAUUUUCAAACGUUUUCAUUUUGUUCAUCAUCCUGAUUAUUCCAUGUUCACUUCUUGUAAUCGUUCGAUUCGUUCUUCUUGUAAGGAGCAUAUAUAUGCUCAUGCCAUUCAUUGGGCAUAAGAAUACAUUUCUGUUCCUGUAAUAUAUAUAUAGAAAAAAGAGCAUUUUAAAG